AGAGCUCUCUGGCAGGCGAGGCAGGGCAGCUGUGUCAGUGGAGAUUGCGAACAGGACUCCGUACAGGUGAGCACUGACUUGGACUGAAGCCCAAGAGUUGGUUCUGCCUUGGGACCCUCCAGCCCAACUGCCUCCGAGUGGCCAGAGUCUCCAUCACCUUUCAAGGAUGCCCCUGCGGCUGCUGCUUCUGCUGCUGUGGUUGUGGGGACUCCAGAGGGCAGAGACAGACUCUGAGGGGCAGACCACCACGGGGGAGCUGUACCAGCGCUGGGAGCUCUACAGCCAGAAGUGCCAAAAGAUGUUGGAGACCACAGAACCUCCCUCAGGCCUGGCCUGUAACGGUUCCUUUGAUAUGUAUGCCUGCUGGAACUACACGGCCGCCAACACCACUGCCCAGGUGUCUUGCCCCUGGUAUCUGCCCUGGUACCAUCAGGUGUCUGCAGGCUUUGUCUUCCGCCAGUGUGGCAGUGAUGGCCAGUGGGGAUCUUGGAGAGACCACACUCAGUGUGAGAAUCCAGAGAAGAAUGGGGCUUUUCAGGACCAGACGCUGAUCCUGGAGCGCCUGCAGAUCAUGUAUACCGUAGGCUACUCCCUGUCCCUGACGACUCUGCUGCUAGCCCUGCUCAUCUUAAGUUUGUUCAGGCGGCUGCAUUGCACUCGUAAUUACAUUCACAUGAACCUGUUCACGUCUUUCAUGCUGCGGGCAGCAGCCAUCCUCACCCGAGAUCAGCUGCUGCCUCCACUGGGUCCCUACACUGGAGACCAGGCCCCUACUCCGUGGAACCAGGCCCUAGCUGCCUGCCGCACGGCCCAGAUCAUGACCCAAUAUUGUGUGGGAGCCAAUUACACCUGGCUGCUGGUGGAGGGUGUGUAUCUACACCAUCUGCUGGUGAUCGUGGGACGCUCAGAAAAGGGCCACUUCCGCUGCUACCUGCUUCUUGGCUGGGGGGCCCCCGCGCUUUUCGUCAUCCCCUGGGUGAUCGUCAGGUACCUGCGCGAGAACACACAGUGCUGGGAGCGCAACGAAGUCAAAGCCAUUUGGUGGAUCAUUCGCACUCCCAUCCUGAUAACCAUCUUGAUCAAUUUCUUCAUCUUCAUCCGCAUCCUUGGCAUCCUUGUUUCAAAGCUGAGGACACGGCAGAUGCGCUUCCCCGACUACCGACUAAGGCUGGCUCGCUCCACGCUGACACUGGUGCCCCUGCUGGGUGUCCACGAGGUGGUGUUUGCGCCUGUGACGGAGGAACAGGUUGAAGGCUCCCUGCGCUUCGCCAAACUGGCCUUUGAAAUCUUCCUAAGUUCCUUCCAGGGUUUCCUGGUGAGCGUGCUCUACUGCUUCAUCAACAAAGAGGUGCAGUCGGAAAUCCGCCAGGGUUGGCGCCACCGCCGCCUGCGUCUCAGCCUUCAAGAGCAGCGUCCACGUCCGCACCAGGAACUCGCCCCCCGGGCUGUGCCUUUGAGCUCUGCGUGCCGAGAAGCUGCCAUUGGCAACGCCUUGCCCUCUGGGAUGCUGCAUCUGCCUGGGGAUGAGGUCUCGGAAAGUUACUGCUAGGUAAAGGGACCCCCGUGUCUGUACAGUUAGCAUGUAUUCAGAGCCUACUGUGUACCAGCCCCAAGUGGAGGAAUGCUGGGGAAAUGGAGGCGAAGGAACCGGAAAACAAGGUCCCCACGUGUAUAUAUUUCUGGAGGAAUCGUUUAUGAAAAGAAUUGAGGUGUCUAGGACAAUCAACUGGAAGGCCAUUUGCAUAGACAUGAUGGGUCAUGGGUCAUGUUUGAAAGAAAUGGAGGCCUCUUGAAGGGUUGGAGGACAAGAUUGCUGGCAGAUGGAACAGCAUUCAAAAAGGUCCUGGGAACAGGAAGAAUGGAGAAAGGCUUCCGUGGCUCCACUGGAAAAAGCGAGGGCCUCCAGAUGGGAAGAAGUGGGCAGGGGGUGCAGAAACUGGAAUUUCAUCCCAGGCUCACUGAAGAUUUGAUUAUUUUUA